AUGUGUUGUUUUGGAGUAUUAGCUGCACUGUCUGUUUUCAACAUCAUUGCUUGUUUGACAAGAGGCAAGCCUGUGGAAGACUGGGACAGGCUUUCAGGUAUGGGAAAGUCUGAUGCACACUUUCAUCCUGGGGAAGCAGAAGAUGAGACCCAUUUCAACUUUAAAUCUUUCUUGGAGAAUAUGAAGAUGGAUUUACUGAGGAGUUUGAAUUUGUCAAGAGUCCCCUCACAAGUGAAGACCAAAGAAGAACCACCACAGUUCAUGAUUGAUUUAUACAACAGAUAUGCUGCAGACAAGUCCUCCAUCCCUGCAUCCAAUAUUGUAAGGAGCUUCAGUACUGAAGAUGUUGUUUCUUUAGAUUCACCAGAAGAAAACCCAUUUCAGAAACACAUUUUGUUCUUCAACAUCUCUAUUCCACAAUAUGAGGAAAUCACCAGAGCUGAACUGAGAAUUUAUAUCUCCUGUCACAGGGAAGUUGGGUCUCUCUCUAGGCUGGAAGGCAACAUGGUAAUUUAUGAUGUUCUAGAUGAUGGCCACUGGGAAAACCCAGAAAGUACCAAAUCUUCCCUUGUCUCCCACAAUAUCCAGGAAUGUGGUUGGAAGAUGUUCGAAGUGUCCAGCGCUGUGAAAAGAUGGGUCAGGGCAGACAGACUGGAGACUAAAAAUAAGCUAGAGGUUGUUAUAGAGACUAAAUCUCUGAGUGGUUUUACUUGUGGGAAGCUGGAUGUCAGUGUUACCCCUGACACCAAAAACCUGCCCCUGUUAAUCGUGUUCUCCAAUGACCGCAGCAAUGGGACAAAGGAGACCAAAGUGGAGCUCCGUGAGAUGAUUGUUCACGAACAGGAAAGCGUGCUCAAGAAACUAGGGAAGAACAACACCUCAUCUGAAGAGGAACAGCAGGGAGAGGAAAAGGCCAUCACUGGAUCCCACCUACAUUCCUCCAGAAGCAAGAGAAGUGUUGGAGCCAACCACUGCAGGAGAACUUCCCUCCAUGUGAACUUUGAAGAGAUUGGCUGGGAUUCCUGGAUCAUUGCACCAAAAGAUUAUGAGGCUUUCGAGUGUAAAGGAGGCUGCUUCUUCCCUCUGACAGAUAACGUCACCCCAACUAAACAUGCUAUUGUCCAAACCCUGGUGCAUCUCCAAAAUCCCAAAAAAGCCUCAAAGGCCUGUUGUGUUCCAACCAAACUGGAUUCAAUCUCCAUUCUUUAUAAAGAUGAUGCUGGCGUGCCCACUUUGAUAUAUAACUAUGAAGGGAUGAAAGUGGCAGAAUGUGGCUGCAGGUAG